GCGUGUUUAGAUGCUGCACUCAGUCCUCCCGGAAGCUCUGUCCAAAAUGUCUCCUUGCAGUGCAGCGCUGAGUACACUGUCCCUGCUGUGUAUGCUGCUGGUUAGCCGGGCGUCAGACACCCCAAAACUGCGGGAUCCCUCUGCACCCCACAAGCCGGUCCGGCUGUUCACUGAUGAGGACCUAGCUUUAUACAAUGGCGAGCAGGAGGACGAGCCGAUCUAUAUGGCAGUUAAAGGAACCGUGUUUGAUGUGUCUGCAGGAAAAGAGUUUUAUGGGAAGGGAGCUCCCUACAAUGCACUUGCCGGAAAGGACUCAACACGGGGUGUAGCAAAAAUGUCCCUGGAUCCAGAGGAUCUCACGUAUGAUGCAUCUGGGCUUACUGAAGAACAACUUAAGUCUCUGGAUGAUAUCUUUGAAAAUGUUUACAAGAAAAAAUACCCCAUUGUUGGGUACACUGCGCGGCGAAUCUUAAAUGAAGACGGGAGCCCCAAUCCCCACUUUAAACCGGAGGAUCAACCACAAUUUAGUAUUAAAGAUGAAUUUUAAAAUGAAAGAAUGCCGGUCUACUGAAACCUUUAUAUUAGAGAUGGGUUAUUUAUUUUCCCUCUGGCCUUAAGAGUCCACAAUCCCCCUCUUUCCAGAGCUUUAUAUUAGCGGUUUCUAUAUCCAGUUUUGGGGCGUCAUAGUGAAUCCAUUAGCUCUUCAAAUUGCUACCUCACAACAUAACUCAACUGUGUGUUUACUACUUCUCCUUGGUAAUGUUUAUGUAGACUUUGUAUGAAAUAUUUGUAGAGGUUUUUUUCUUAAAACCGUAGCAUGUGUACAAUUGUUUUCCUUUUUUUUUUUUGUGUAAUGCCUAGUAUUGGGUUUUAAUACUCUGCUUAUAAAUUUAAGGCUGUUUAAAAAAAAAUAAAAAAUCAACUUCACUGCUAGACCUUCAGUCCCUUGCAAUUAAUGCAACUUAAUUUAAUUGGUUGGAGUUGUUAUUAAGGUGCUUUAUGAAUAUAACCAGUGGAACGAAAUUAAACUGAAAAAUACAUGAAAGUUCAUUUAAUUUGUUCUUGGUGUAUUUCAAGACAUGACAUACCGGUAAUCUGCACAGGUCAGCUGUUAUCACUAUUAUUGUUGUAAAAUUCUAAGUGAAUUUCAAAUAUUAGGUCACAAUAGCAGUAUUGGAAGAAUUCUCCAAGUCACCUAUGUU